UGUCUAACCGAAGAAAACCGAAUGGAAGUCAGUCUGGCUGCCUCAGAAGUCAGGUACGAAUGUGUUGCCUGGGCAACCGCUUCCCGUCAACAGUCCAGGCCUCGCGUUUCCAUACAUUAUUUCGUUCCAUGAAACUACCAUAGAUCUUGACCAUUUAUCUUUAUCUCUAUUUCUUAUGACCAGCAAUUUGUUAUCGGAGUCUUAUAUUAUCGAGUGUCUCUUAUCGUGCCUGUUAGAUUCUCUUGUUAUUAUCUUUCCCACCAAGUCGACGCCUAAAACCGCCUCGAUUAAGUACAAUCUCCGAGAAGUGUCAAGCGCACUAGGACUAAUAAGCUUCUAAGACCAGACAUUGGUUACAUUCUUUAAGGCUAUCUGAUGGUAUAAUUUCAGAACAACAGCCAUCAUGUCUGGUCUAUUGCAGGAAGUUGGGACUCCUUGUCCGAUAAAGUCAAGGAAUUCGAGGAACAGUGAUAAAACCCAUACAUUUGAUAGCUCGUGGGAAGGAAGCUUGGAAUGUGGCGACGAUACUGCCAGCCUCGAUUUUACCACUGCGAUCAAAAACAGUACAUUGAUUGGAGUCAAGCCCAAGCGAAGGGUGAAGACAGGAACAUCGUUCGCAAUCCACGAUGAGAACGAAGAGAGACCUACACACGCAGUGCCGAAAGGAAAAAGAGAGAGCACAAUCACAGCUAGAGUUCCAGGCCGCAAAUCCUCAUUGCUUGCCCAACCAGCCCAUAGAUUCCGCCCGAAAGUCAGCUUCGUCUCGAGUUCGCCAUCCACACCACCGCUCCAGCAAGCAGAAGUCAAGCACCAGAGACAGAACAUAGAUGCCGGUGCAGAGACGAACAGGUCACUACUAAUGCGAAUCAGUGGCGAAGGAGACAAAGAUGAACAUAAAGAUAGACUCAAACGAGAUGUGCGCCGCAAUACGUCUGACAACCUCAAUCAUUAUGUUCCAGAGGACACAGAGAUCAAUAGCCUGGAAUCACAAAUUGCGCGGAAACGACAAGCGAAGAAGGCACUGGCCUCGGAUCGAAAGACUCCGCUGCAACCAAGUUUUCAAGUGGCUCAACGAAGUGCCAUAAACAUCGAUAUCGCUGGCAAGAAUACUGGGAAAGAGAAUAUACCUCCAGGGGCAAUGCUCUUCAAUUCCAAGGACAAAGGUCCCCGCAAAUCGAAUACGGAAGAAAAAUUAAGCUCAAAAUCGCCCAGGGCCUUAUCAGACAAACCUCGACCUUUUGCAAACCCUAUGACGAAGCCACUGACGAAGGCGUCCACCUGCCAAGAGCUAAGAAAACCAGUGCUUAGUGAGAAACGGUAUAAUGCUAGGGCAUCUGUAAACGGCAUCGGCAGUAAAAUGGACGGUAUCGUCAGAAGCAGCUCGAGACUUGAAGGCGCCGUUCUGUCCGCUUCCAGGAGAACACCCCUUUCGAAUGCGCUCAAACAGUCCAAAACAUACAAAUCCAGCGCAUCGCUAAUUGAGAAAGAGACGGCAAUGACUGAUUUUGCACUCAUAUCCGACGAUAUUGUCAACCCAGCGAUGUAUGAGGACCAUUGGCUUGCGCAUCAGGAGAUAGUAAUCACGCAGUUAAUCAACCGGUUAUUCGAUCAAACGGACGGUCAGAUGAGAUAUGAUGACCCUGCAGCACGCAGACAUGAGCUUCUUCAACUGUAUCAAAGCGGACCUUUUGUCGAACUUCAUAAGCGAUUGCAAGCGUCGUUGACCUAUGGCUCUCUCAGUAUACCAAAAGAUGCUCUAACACAAACAAGGCGUUUGAAACAUGACUUGGGUAUGAAGCGGAACUUCUUGGAUAUUUGGUUGGAAACGUACGACCUUCGAGCACUGAGAGCCGCUGCCGAGACGGUUACCGGAAGAAGAGUUGAAAAUGAGUCCCUCGAUGGGGAUCCCCAUCAUUCCUCGAUUGAAACGACUGCAGAUAAGGAAAAAAUUCUCAGACGAAAACUGGAACGAUUCUUGGAUGUCUUCUUGGUGCAAAAUAGAGAUAUGGAUCGUGAUUCACUGGAUCUUAGCCAUUCAGGCUCAGAUACGAUUUCCCAAGCCUAUCGUCGUACAGUCCUCCGGAGUAUCAUGAUUGUCAUUCUUUUGGAUAAGGCGAGAUUGUGUCCAGGGACAAUGCUUCCAGGUUGCCUUUUUAGGUCCUCCUCAUCUUUCAACAUCGGGGACAUUUUGAAAUCACUCAAACAUUUGGACUGUCACCUGUCAUAUGAACAGCACCAACUGCAAGAGUACGAGUACCGAAUGAAUAAUCUUGCGGUUGACCUCAGGGACGGUGUGAGAUUGACUAGGAUUGUGGAAUUGCUCCUUUAUCCGUCAGCAGGGGCCGUAGGGGAAUCAGUGCCACUGCUGGACAAUGAUCAAUGGCCGCUAUCGAGACGUUUAAAAUUCAGCUGCUCGAGUCGCACAGUGAAGAACUUCAAUGUACAGAUUGCUUUGGAUGCCUUAAGGUUGACAACUGGUGCUGCGCCGCUUGUUCGUGACGUGCACGCCGAAGACAUAGUCAAUGGCCAUCGCGAGAAGACGAUUGCGUUGCUAUGGGGGCUGGUCAGUAGAUGGGGUCUUUCGGAGCUCAUCGACUGGGAUGACGUGAGGAAAGAGAUUGACAGACUGAGGCAGAAAGCUACAUCACAGCUCGGAUACGAACAGGUCAACGACGCAAAUUUGUUUAAGGAGAAGAGCCCUAAUGACGAAAUAGAAGGCGGCGACGAAGCUACUCUACUGCUCAAGGAAUGGGCAACCACCUUGGCGCAUCUGAGUGGCCUCCGGUUGGAGAACCUCAGCACAAGCUUUGCGGAUGGAAAGAUCUACGAGGCUAUAGUGAACGAGUACGAAGUAUAUAUCCUGGGCAAUGUCGCAUCAAGUCCUGGCCGAAAGGCAACUUCGUUGGCAACCCGUCUACGAGCACUUGGUUGCAGUUCUCAGUUUGCGAACCUCGUUUCUCCUAGCAAUUCCCGCAAGGCACAUAUCUUCGACAGCAGUUUUACGGUUGGAGGGCUCGCCUUCCUCUGCUCUCGACUACUUUCGUCGACCAAACGAGCUCGAGCUGCUAUAGUGCUCCAAAGUGCAUGGCGACGCGUCCUCGCACACCGAGAAGCUCACCGAAUAAGUGUGGCGAGGAGUCUGGCACUGCAAUGCGCAGCGGUCGUGCAGACAAGGGAUCGGCUGCUUCGGGCCAAAGCGAUCAUCCUGCGAUGGUGGAGGAGAAUGGGAGAGCAAAGGCAGCAACGUAGCAAGAUGGGCAGUCUAUCAGUUAAGCAUCUCCAGGCAGCGACACAGGCGCGUCGACGUGGCCAUGGAAGGACGCGUGUCUAGCAGAUGGCAGGGGAGCAGAGGCUUCAAGCCAUUUCCGCUAUUGGGAGUUUUGGUAUUCUUAGGGGUCACGAUUUCUUUUCCUGCAUAUGCUUUGGGCGUCUGUCGAUCUGGCAUUGGCAGAUGAAUUACUGUACAGCAUCUAUAUUACGGGUAGUCUAUGAAACGAGUACACCUGUUGCAGC